AUGUCCGAGGAGCUGACCCCGGGCCCCAAGGAGAGCCCCCCGGCGCCCCGCGCCGCCCCACGCGAGGUAUGGAAGAAAGGGGGCCGCCUGCUAUCGGUGCUGCUGGCCGUGAACGUGCUGCUGCUCGCCUGCACCCUCAUCAGCGGCGGCGCCUUCAACAAGGUGGCCGUGUACGACACCGACGUGUUCGCGCUGCUCACCACCAUGAUGCUCCUCGCGGCGCUCUGGAUCCUCUUCUACCUGCUGGGCACCGCGCGCCGCCCCGACGCCGUCCCCUACCGCGACGCGCACGCCGGCCCCAUCUGGCUGCGAGGUGGGCUGGUGCUUUUUGGCAUCUGCACUCUCGUUAUGGAUGUCUUCAAGACAGGCUACCACUCCAGUUUCUUUGAAUGUAUGUCGGUCAUCAAGAUCCUCCAUCCUCUCACCCAAGCUGUGUUUGUCAUUGUCCAGACUUACUUCCUCUGGGUCUCUGCUAAGGACUGUGUUCGAGUCCACCUCGAUCUGACGCGAUGUGGCCUCAUGUUCACGCUCACCACCAACCUGGCCAUCUGGAUGGCGGCCGUGGUGGACGAGUCGGUGCACCAAGCCAAAGGCUACAGCAACUCCAGCCAGUCCCGCUUCCUGUCCAUCGGUGAAGCUCAAAAUCCUAUUGGAGGCAAUGAGUGUCAGUGCAAAACAGCCCUGUGCGAGAUCUUCCAGCAGGGUUAUUUCUACCUGUACCCCUUCAACAUCGAAUACAGCCUCUUCGCCUCCACCAUGCUCUAUGUCAUGUGGAAAAACGUGGGGCGACUGCUGGCAGGCCCCACCCAUGGCCACGGCCAUACUCCCGAGCGGUCCAGCCUCUUCCGGGAAACCUUCUUCGUGGGCCCUGCGCUAGGGCUGUUGCUCUUCGUGGUGGGCCUGGCCGUGUUCAUUCUUUACGAGGUGCAAGUGAGUGGAGACGGGGUGCGCAAGCAGCAGGCCCUGGUGGCCUAUUACAGCUUCCACAUCGUCUGCCUGGGCCUCAUGACCUUGGUCAGCCUCAGUGGCUCGGUGAUCUACCGGUUCGAUCGUCGGGUCAUGGACCACCACAAAAACCCCACUCGGACCCUAGACGUGGCCCUGCUGAUGGGAGCAGCCCUGGGCCAGUAUGCCAUCUCCUACUACUCCAUCGUGGCCGUGGUGGUGGGCACACCCCGAGAUCUGCUCGGGGCGCUCAACCUGGCUCAUGCCCUGGUCAUGAUAGCCCAGCACACCUUCCAAAAUAUGUUUAUUAUUGAGAGCCUCCAUCGUGGCCCCCCGACAGAAGAGACCCCCGAGGCCGUCACCAAGGAGCCCUGCCCCGGUCUGACCUUCACUAACCUGGACGCCCUCCACACCUUGCCCGCCUGCCCGUCCACCCCGAGGCUGGUGAACCCUGCGGGCCCCACGCAGCACCCCGGGGAAACAGCUGGCGCGAUUGUCUUGCCCCCCUCAAGGAUUCACUGGAGACGCCGCUGUCUAAAGGACAUCUCUCUGUUUCUUCUGCUCUGCAAUGUCAUUCUGUGGGUGAUGCCAGCCUUCGGGGCACGCCCCCAUUUCAGCAACAAGGUGGAGGUGGAUUUCUACGGGCACUCGCUCUGGGCUGCCAUUGUCAACAUCUGCCUUCCCUUUGGCAUAUUCUACCGCAUGCAUGCCGUGUCCAGCCUGCUCGAGGUCUACGUGCUCUCCUGA